ACAGAUCAACAAUUCUGUUAAAACAAUAGCGAUAAUUGGUUACAAUAAAUUUAAGCCUGGAGAAGUGCUAAAGUUGAGCAAUUAAAAGAUAGAUUAUUAUUGAUUUUAUCCAUAGCAAAUUAAUUGUGGAUACAAACACUAGUGUUUUCAGAAACUAUGGCGUCCACAGCAAGAUCGCAAAAAAGCAAGAAAUCGACUAUAAUCACUGAGGUAGAGUUCCCGUGUGGUCCAUGCAAGAAUGACAAUCGUAAUGUGGAAGCUUUAGGAUUCUGCAAGUUCUGUAAACACUACCUCUGUAAGUCAUGUUACAGCUAUCAUCAAAAUCUAGGAAAGAUUCACAUCCUGAUUGGUCGGGACGCAAUGCCGAGAGAAACCCCAACCCCAGUUUCCGCAGCCGACCCACUGAUCGAAUCCUGCCGACAGCACAAACAUAAGACUAUUGAACUGUACUGUAAAAACCACGAUGAAGUAUGCUGUGUUAUAUGUGCAACAAGUAAACACAAGUCCUGCGAAUGUUUCUACAUCCCUCAAUAUACUGAACAGUUAACACAAUCACCCAAUGAAGACUGCUCUCUCAUUCUAAAACUCAUCAAAGCUCUGAUUGGUCAGUUUGAAAAUGUUCGAUCUGAGUCAGCUACAAGACUGAAAGAUCUGGAUCGCCAGAAGCGUGAAUUCAGCAUGGCUGUAAGGAAGUACAGGAAAGAGAUAGAUUUUGCUCUGGAACAGCUUGAGAAGCAGGUAAUCAGUGGAAUGAAGCAAGUUGUCGAUAUCAAUACCAAAGAACUAAAUGACAAUAUCAACAAGUGUGACGAGGCGCUCAAAGAACUCAAUGAGACAGUAACUGAUGCAGAAAUGGCUGUUGAGUCAAGCGGAACCAAUCGCAUUUUCACUCUUUCCAAAAUCAGCAACAAACUGCUGCAGGAAAACAAUGCGGUUCUGAAAACAGUGCGUUCUAACAGUGUCAAUGUUGAGAUAAAGUACGAGGAAAAUGCAGAAAUUCUGAGAAAUGUUCGAAGAACAAAAACAUUUGGGAAGGUGUCUGUGAAGAAGGAACCAGUGAAAUUUGAAACAGAAACACAACAGAAAGAUGAGGGAAAUGAAAAUAAACGUAAAAAAAGUGCAAAAAGUACAGACAGUUCAUAGUGUUCCAUGGAUAUUUUUAAGGGUAAAUGGGACAGUUGCCUAUAUGUAUAUAGGGCGAAAAUUUUCCUACAUGCAGACUUUCUUUAAAUUUUGUGUACUGACUGAGAAUCAAGUUUAAAACGGAAAUAUGUAUUAACAAGAGCACCGCCUUGCGGGUGCUGACGCUCAUCUGAUUUUUUUUGUGUGAUAGAAAUAUUGUCCUACCCGUGAUUUUCUAAGUCUAAAAAGGGCCAUCAUUCUUGCAAAAAGCAGGAUAGAGUUAUGUUUUUUGAUGUACAGUGUCCACUUAUGAUGGUGAAAAACUGUUGAAAGUUUUAAAGCAAUAGCUUUGAUAGUUUAUGAGAAAAGUUGACUUAAACAUAAUACUCAACCAAGAAAAUGAUUUUCUAAGUCCAAA